UGAGGAGGGUAGAAAAUACAGAUUUUACGACGACGUAGUUUAUGACCAACCCCCUCUUUUCUUUUCCCUCGUCUUAUUUUCGCCGCCGCCGAUGUAUUUCCGCAACGUUCAGUUGCGAUCUUCUUUUGUCCGUGACCAUUUUGAUCUCCACAUCGUAGGAAAGAUCUUUAAGAUCGUCACCAUCCGCCGAUAAAGAUCCGCAUUUAUACAGCAGGUACCGCCCAGUCCCUGUAUAAAUCGACGCAGCGCGCGACCGCACACACCAGAGCUGAGAGCUGAGUUGAGUUUUUCGUUUGGUUGAUCCAAGAAAAAGCCGCCGCCGCCACCACCAACACCAACAGCCAUGGCCGAAAUGGAGGAUACCCACUUCGAGGCCGGAGACUCCGGUGCGUCCGCCACCUUCCCGAUGCAGUGCUCGGCGCUGCGCAAAAAUGGUCACGUCAUGCUGAAGGGACGUCCGUGCAAGAUCGUCGAAAUGUCCACCUCCAAGACCGGCAAGCACGGCCACGCCAAGGUCCACAUGGUCGGCAUCGACAUCUUCUCCGGCAAAAAAUACGAAGAUAUUUGCCCAUCCACUCAUAACAUGGACGUACCCCACGUUAAGCGCGAAGACUACCAGCUCACCGACAUCGAUGAUGGCUUUCUGGUUCUGCUGAAUGACAACGGCGAUUUGCGUGAAGAUCUUAAGAUUCCCGACGGUGACCUGGGAACCCAGCUGCGCGCGGAAUACGACGCCGGCAAGGAAUUAGUUUGUACCGUUCUUAAAUCAUGCGGCGAAGAAACUGUGAUUGCCAUCAAGAACAACACUGCUGCUGAUAAAAACUAAUACCUCGCCCGUUGCUUAUUGAAACAUCCCGCGAAUCACACCCACACACAGCAGAAAGAAAAAAGAACAAGAAAUUAAUAAUAAAAAAAAAGUUCAGCAACCCCAACAAACCAACAAAACCAAUUGAGCUAUUGCAAGUAAAAAAAAUCACAACUCCACAACAAAAAACAAAACCGUACACACACGCAGCAGGCAGGCAGGCAAAUAGGGCAAACCUCCCUUUUCUGUACUGCACACAACAACACAAACACACACAGUUGCAUCUCUUAGUAUACAGCUAUUAUUACAAAUUAAAGGAAGCAAAACAAAACAUAAUAAAAGAUAAUACUUUCUGGUAAAAGUAAUCAAACUGAGGUGGAGAUCAGAGAGAGAGGGCAAGUGAGAGAAAGAGGGGAGAAAGCGAGACAGACCGAGACAGAGACAGUGUGAGCGAACCGAAAGUGAGAGAGCGAGCGCGCGCUUGAGACAAAAACACACACAAACAACCAUGCCCCCGGAAGCAUCCAAAAUCGACGACGAACGGACGUAGCACACAAACACACACUCACAGCCAAGCCCGAAGGCACACAAACUGAAAACAGCACCACGAGAAACAAUCCUCUCUUUCGACGGGUUUGGGUUCUGUGAGCGCAGAGAGAGAGUUGUUCCCCUCAAUUCUUCUUCUUCUUUUUUUUGGUGGUUGUGCGUUCGUCAUGCAAAAUCGUCAAGCAACCGCGACAAGAACUGGCAAGGAAAACAAAAAAUCGAAAACACACAUUAAUUAUUAUAAUAAAUUUAAAAGAAGGAGGAAAAGAAAACAACAACAAACCAAUAUAAUAUAAUAAAAAUAUUAUAAUAAUUUAAUGAAAAAAAAACCAAGCAGCAAAAUCAAUGAGCAAAGAAAUUCACUGAAACACAACUCACAAACAACAGAAAGACACGCGCGAGAUGACGAGGAGACAAGGACGUGGCGGAGAGAAAGAACCGGAGGAGAGAGACACAAAACAAAUGAAGGAACAUCUUAAUUCCAAAAAUGCAUACAAAAUCAAGUUUAAUCAAUCCGCAAGCUAAUGUUGAAUAAAAUAUUUAAUUUUCUAACAAAAAUACGAUGGAAGGUUUUCCCCAAACCCCCACUCAUGAAUUGGCUUAUUUCUUGACACUUUAAAGAAAUUCUUCUCAAGUAAAAAAAAGGUGGUGAAAAUUGCUGCAAUUUAUCGACCACAAACGAACUGAAUCACCAACACACACUCACAAAAACAGACUGCGCCAAGCGAACAUUAAACUAAUCAUACUCUCUAAGAAUUCGUAGACGAAGCUUUCACACACACCUCCCCCACAUUUUGGGUUUUCUUCGCUUUGCCUCAACUGCGUGCUGAAAAAAACCUUAAUCACAGACAAAUGGACGGCUGUCGCGGGAUGUCACCUCGGUGUUUGCUUCUUCCUUCUGUUUUGUUUUCUGCCUAGUUGAAAAAUCCGAAAUUUGUUACUUUUUUUUGCUGCGUCUACUUGUCUGUGGCUACACAGAAACAAUGGACGUAGUCCCACGUCAUUCUUGGUGUACAACGCACGUUUAAAAUCACAACUCUAAUUUCGUGAAAGUCAAAUGAUAAUUUGUUAAAAUGAAUUUUUGACAGCUGUAGUUUACUUCUAUCGCAGAAAAGUUCGCGAUAAACAUUUUUGACCAUCACGGAAAAUGUUAAAAUUAGAUAUAAAAAAAUUUGCAAACAAGGUUUCUUUGUCAGAAUUUGUGUGAAGGGAGCGUUCUUUUUUUACAUAACGCUAAAAAUUGGAAAGUUUGGACCCCCUCUCCCCUCGUAACAAAAUGUCCAUACAAAUUAAAAAACGGCCUUCAAUCCCCAACUGUCUUACGUAAUAAAAGAAUGCUCCAACACACACUGAAAUAAUUUGAGUCUUUACACUUAUGAAGAUAUUAGACUAUGACAAACAAACUAGCAUUUUUUGUGUUUGUCAGUUUGACAAACUCGCAAACAAUGCAAAAUGUAUGCAGGCUGACGUUUCUGCAAACGAACAUAGCAAGAAAACUGUCAAUAAGUGCGAGUUUGUUUGUUUGUCAUAGUCUAAUACCUCCUUAACAACUCCUAAUUCAGGUGCAGUUUAGACCAAAUUUGAGUAGUUUAACAGAAAAAUGCAACACUCUCAUUGAAAGUGUUUACUUUUUUCAGAAGUAAAGUGUAAAAUGCGGGAGAAUUUGCUCUAAAAUUUGUAAAUGCUGAAUGAAGGUGGUAUUCUACUGCAGGAAACUUUGUUAAUUUAAACAGUUUUUACAGUUUACAUGUUUAUCAAAACGUUUGCAUGAUUUUUUUUUACCGAGGUGGAGUAGUGAAAUACACACUUAGAUUUUUUUUAUCGAGUUUUUCAUUGCUGAACAAUACGAUUAACUGCAAUUUACAUAAGUCGGUAGAAACAAUUACAAAAGUAACUUACUUUUGCAAUAAAAAGUGGUCCAAAUUGGCUACAUCAAAUUUUUUUUUUGUGUUUUAAAAAUGAAAACUUUCACUGCUAAAGUUUUUGAAAAUCUCUUCAGAGCAAUUCUCUACCAAAACCGGAAAGGGAUUUUAUUUGUAUUUUUUUUUAUUUUGCUCAAACUUUGUGGGGGCCUUCCCUAUGACCAAAGAAGCCAUACAAGUCUCCGUACAAUUUUGGCAGCUGUCCAUACAAAGAUGGUACGUAAAUAUUCGAAAUUCUGUAACUUUGGGAGGAAUUUUCUGAUCGAUUUGGUGUCUUCAGCAAAGUUGUAGGUGUAGAAACUGUUCAGAAAUAGUAAGUACACGGAAAAAAAAAUCUUGCUGAUUUUUUAUUGACAUUUUUUUUACAAAACUCAGUACUGAAAAAAAUGUAUUUUUUGGUUUACGAGAUUUUUCAUAUGUUUUAGGGGACCAAAGCCGGCAACUUCUGAGUGUAGUAAAGCCAUAAAGUAUGGCCUAAAAUUUUGCGCCGACUUAUGAAGUUUUGAAAAAAAAAACAAUUUUUGGAAAAAUCUGAAAUUUUAUACAUGCAUUUUUGUUAAAAAUUUGAAUUUGCUGCCGAAAGUACUUUACAGAUUUUUUGAUAAUGUGCCUCGUUUUCAAGAUAGCCGAUCAAAGUUUGAUUUCAGCAAAAUAUUAGCAGUUUUUUGAUUUUUAAAAAUAAUGACCAUGAGUGACCAUUUCUAACAUUAUUUUAGGAAUCUUGCUAUAAAAUUGUCGAAGAGACAUUGAACAAAUAAGAUUUAAAAAAUCAGAAAAUAAUCAGAUAUCCCCAAAUUAAACCAUCAGAUUUAGAAAUUAAAUUUAAGCACUGAAAAUGUCUAGAUUUGAAAUAUUUUUUCAAAAUUUCAAGCCAAAAUUCAAAUUUUAGAUUAUAAACAUUUCCUGAAAUCCGGUAAUUUUGGAAAUAAACGUUUCCUAAAAUUUUUAAAAUUAUAAAGGGUGGCGAUUUUCUACGCUCCAUACAAAAACGAUUCUUUUUGAGGGCAAUCGUCCACACCAGAGGAGAAAGAUCUAGAAUUUCCAAAAAUGUGUUCACGUGGUUUAUGGAUGGUCCCCGAACAAACUUAAAUGUUCCGUUGUUUUAUUUUAUGUUCAGAUCAUGUGUUAAGGAAGUAUUAGACUAUGGCAAACAAACUUGCACUUUUUCGUGUUUGACAAUUUGCCAAAAUCGCAAACAAAUCCAAAUGUAUGCAGGCUGCCGUUUCUGUAAACAAAUGCAGGCAAACAAACAGAGCAGUUUGUUUGUUUGUUUGUCAUAGUCUAAUAACUCCUUUAGCAGGUAAGUGAACCAGUUUUUAUUUACUAUAAAAACAUAAGUUAAUUUUAUAUUAUGCAUGUAUUCAUGGCAAAAUUUUUACAGCGAGGUGGCAUCGCGUGGCGACAGAAAGAAAAAAAAAUCUCAUAAGAAGUGAAAAGAGAAGGCAAGAAACAGAGAAAAAAUCAAACUGAACCGAAAAGUAUCACACGAAAGUCAGGUAGGGCCGAAAGAAAGCAGAAUGAAAGAACGAAAGAAAAAAAAUACACAAAUAACUAACAAGUGCGAAAACUAAAGUAACAAGUGAAUUAGAAGGAGGAAGUAAAAAAAGCGAGAAAGAGGAAAACAAAGAUUAUUAAAUAUAAACAAAGAAGAAGAAAAAAAACUGUAAUAGGGUAACUAAACAAAUGAAAGUAAAGAGUAACACAAAAUGUGGAAAAUAAAAGAAACAAAAAAGCGUUAAAUGUUAUUAUUAUAAUGGAAGCAAUCUUUUUUACAAUCUAAUGCGUUAGUGAAUGGGUGAGGUUUAAAAGCAAAUGGAAUAAGUUUCUCUAUAGGUUUACUUAUUUCUUGAGAAUCUUCAUUUUUAUUAAUUAUUGAAAGAUUUUCCAUUUUCGUUUUAGUUAUGAUUUCCUUCUAUCAAAACAAACAAAUAGUUUUAUAGACACAAAACAAUUGAAAAAUAAUAAUCCGAAGAAAAAAGAUCUAAAGCAAACAAUAAUUACGUAUUUGUCGCUCUGUACUGAAAAAAAAACUAUUAAUCUAAAGAAAGCAGUAAACAAAAAAAAAUGGUGUGAAAGGCUUAAAAGAAACUAAAAACAAACAAGUGCUAGGAUAAAAGUAAUGAAAACUGUGGAAGAAAUACACAAAUACCUAUAGUUUAAAACAAAAGACCUAACAAAUUGAUCGACCAAUUGGAUUUUUAACAAACACACACAAACCAAACACUCACACGAGAAUACAGAUGAAACCCGUUUUAGGAGAGCAGGAGAAAUUCCUUUCGUUUACUAAACCAACUCUUCACAAGAUGACACAGAGGCAACCCGAGGUUCAUAUCUUACACUGCCAGAGUGUCACCGAAAAAAAACGAAUUUUAUCCCUAAAACUAGCCGACAGCUUCUUUUCAGUUCUAUUCCACACGCCAAAAUGCAAAUUUAACAAAAUGAUCCCAAACAAAUAGACUCACGCAAGUUGGCAUUUAUUUUUUUAUUUUUUCAAAAAAAAAAACAAAAAUAACGUUUUCAGACUUCUCAAAUAGCCUGCAAAAAAAGUUGCAAAAAGCUUCAAAUUAAGUUAAAUUUCGGUUCGUGGAAGGUUUCACAGCGUGGAGCAAAGAAAAGCGUAACUAAUUGAAGGAAAUACAAAAAAAGAUAAAACGUUGUUGUAACACAAGCGAAACCAACCAAGUUGAAGGACAUCUCACUCACAAAAAAAAGAAAUGUUUUGUUUUCGUCCUAAUGAAGCAAACA